AUGACUACUGCUCCAGUAUCACACUCAAACCCAAAAGGCAAGGAGGAGGAGGAGGAGGAGGAGGAGGAGAAGGAGAAGGAGGAGCAGGAGCAGGAGCAGGAGAAGGAGAAGGAGAAGGAGAAGGAGAAGGAGAAGGAGCAAGAGAAGGAGAAUGAGAAAGUGAAAAAGAAAGCGAAAGAGAAAGAGAAAAAGAAAGAGAAGAAAGUCAAAGUCGUCAGUUGUGAUGUGAAGCAACAAUAUCCAUUUGAAGGUUUUAACAGUGACGGCGAGGGCCCAACUGAACUAAUGUCAUCCUUCUCGCAAUGGAUAAACGAGGGUCUUUACAAGCAUCAUGCAAAAAAAAGAGACAAGGACGAUCACUACUUAGCCAAUUGCUCGGAUCUUGAGUUCAAACAACUUGAUUUUGUAUUUGCAUUUCCAAAGAAGAAGGACUGGUUCUACGUAAUGUCUCAACCCAAUAAGUGUUGGACUGAUGAGGUAAAUUCAUGCCCACUUUUAUCUUUUGAUUAA